CUGUGCCGGCUUUGCACGGGGCUGAGAGCUUGGAGGCGCCCGGCAGUGAACACGCGGGUUCCCUGGGUCGGCAGGAUGCAUCCAGCGUUGGCUGUGGGGCUGGUGUUCGGCGGGUGCUGCAGCAACGUGGUUUUCCUGGAGCUCCUGGUCAGGGAGUUUCCAGGAUGUGGGAACUUGGUUACGUUUGCCCAGUUCUUCUUCAUCGCCAUGGAGGGUUUCAUCUUCGAAGCAAACUUCGGAAGGAAACGGCCCACAAUCCCAAUCAAGUAUUACCUGAUCAUGGUGGCCAUGUUCUUCACCGUCAGCGUGGUGAACAACUACGCCCUCAACUUGAACAUUGCGAUGCCGCUGCAUAUGAUAUUUAGAUCGGGGUCUCUGAUAGCCAACAUGGCUCUAGGCAUCAUUAUUCUGAAGAAAAGGUAUACUGUCUCCAAAUACGCCUCCAUAGCCCUGGUGUCCUUGGGGAUCUUCACCUGCACCUUCAUGUCCGCGAAACAAGUGAGUUCCAUGUCGAGCGCAAGUGAAGACGAAGAGAGCGUGUCUGCCUUCAUCUGGUGGCUGCUAGGUAUCGCUGCGCUGACCUUCGCCCUUCUCAUGUCCGCCCGGAUGGGGAUCUUUCAGGAAACCCUCUACAAGAAGUUUGGCAAGCACUCCAAGGAGGCCCUUUUCUACAACCACGCGCUCCCCAUCCCGGGUUUUCUCCUCCUGGCUCCCGACAUCUGCAAGCACGCGCUGCUCUUCAGCCACUCCGAACCAUUCCAGCUGCCACUGGUUGGGCUCACUUUGCCCAUAAUGUGGUUCUACCUCAUCAUGAACGUCAUAACUCAAUACGUUUGCAUACGGGGCGUCUUCAUCUUGACCACCGAGUGCACCUCCCUGACGGUCACACUGGUGGUGACGCUGCGGAAGUUUGUCAGCCUCAUCAUCUCCAUUCUGUAUUUCCGGAACCCCUUCACCGCCUGGCACUGGAUGGGCACGUCGUUUGUCUUUGUGGGAACCCUGAUGUACACGGAAGUGUGGAACAACCUGAGGCCCGUGUUGGACCAGAAGUGGAAGAAAGUGGAGGAGGAGGAGGAGGAGAAACAGAAGCGGGCGUAACUGUGGGGCAGCCUUGGAGAAGCUCGCAGCUUCUCCUUGGAAAGUGGGACCUUUUCCAACGGUUCUUCCUACGGU